AUGAGUAAUGAUUAACCAUUUGAAGAUGUCGAUCAAUUUCUUCAUCCCCUUGCCGCUCAAUAGGCCAUUCCAAAUAUGUUACAAUAGGCUAUUACGCAAGACUAACUCCUGGCUUAAAAUGUUCGAUUAUUGCAACAAUUACAUGAACAAUAGAGAAUGUUAAACCUAUAGAGUCUCUUCACUAAUAGCAUGCUUAUGAAUCCCUUGAUCCAAUAACAAGUGAAUUAGGAGAGUAAGAAAAUAAAGAAAGUCAAUAAAACAAUCAAAACCAUUCCAUCAACAACAAGUCUUAAGGAUUGCGCUUAACCAAUCUAGGAAAUCAAAGGGAAUGUUAAAAAUGCCUACAUAAAGAAAAUCACUUCCUUGCUUAGUGUGGAAGGAGACAGGUUGCUUGAUGAGGACUUACAAGAAGAUUUAGAUUUAGAGAGUUAUUCAGAAAUGUAAGAUAAAAGCAAAUUGGCAGGUCUUUUGGGAUCAAAUAACGAUUUGUUGAAUAGUGAAUCAAAAAAUAAAAGAUUGAGACAAAGCGCUAAAAAUUCCAGGCUUAGAAAAAAGGUUUAUUUGAAAUUGCUCGAAAAGAAAGUUUCUGAAUUGGAUCAGUAAAUUUAGGAAUACAAAAAAACUACAAGAUAGUCAUUCGAAUAUUUGACACAAAUAUUGCAAUCUCAUCCUAUUUUAAAUAGCAUGAUCAUUGGGAAUUCGGCAGCCAUUGACUAGGUCUUAGAAUGUUCAGUGCCUGAUCAAGCUUAGUUAGUGUUGGAUUCAUAUUUAAUGAGAUAUGGUACUUGUGGAAUCAAAAGGAGAGAUUAUGUGAAGUACGCAGUGAAAAAUAUACAGAAGAACUUUCUUAAGGGCAAUUAUGGACUCCAACUUAUGAGUUGGAAUUAAUAAAUUUAAAAUUAUGACACUGAAUUCAAUCAAUAUGUAGAAAUCGUUAAGGAUGAGGCUAAACUGGAUGACGAUAACCUUGUUUAUCGUGUUCUGCCUACGAUUGAUAGAAUGCUUAACCAUCGCAAGAUGUCUUAAUAGUAUGAAUAAAUCUAACUCUAGAUUAUUACUCAAAUUUAAUUAGGACAUCAAAAACUUAAAAUAGAAUUAACAAGAGAUUGA